AUGGCACCGGCGCGCUGCACGCUGCGGGAACGCGCGAGCGUCGGCGGCGCCACCGCCCGCGCCACAGCCCGCGCCAACGGCCGCGCCAACACCGGCGCCGUCGCCCGCGCCCUCCGCGCCUUCGUCACCCUGCAUGUACUGGUUGGUGCUGCGGCUGCCCAAGCGCUGGUGAGUGGCGCGGGCGCCGGCGGCGGCAGCAGUGGCGGGGGCGGAGGCUGCGGCGGCGAGCACUUGGCCUGCGUGCGGAUGGCGUCGCCGCUCCUCACUGAUGCCAACCUCGUCUUCCCCGACAACAUGGCCGAUGUCAAGACGCUUUGCACUUAUAGAGGCAAGGAAUAA